AUGGCCUUGAUCAUCCUCGCCAGCUUGCUCUACAAGCGGCACAGGGAGAAACCCAAACGAAAAUAUCGUAUCUGGACUGCAGACGUUUCCAAACAGGUUUUAGGACAAGCCUUCGUUCACAUGCUCAACAUCUUCAUAUCUGAUUCAAUGGCAUCCUUGCCGUCAAAAGGGAACCCAUGCGCCCUCUAUUUUAUGAACAUCUUCAUAGAUACCACCAUUGGGGUCUUUGUACUCUUUCUGGCCCUGAACACGAUCACCAAAUUGGUUUGCAAAACCUUGAGGAGAACGCCCUCGAGCCUCGGACUGUCCUCCGGAACCUAUCCCCACCCAUUCUUAAUGUCCUGGGUCAAGCAGAUCUCAAUCUAUUUCCUCGGUCUCGUUAUCCUCAAGUUAUUUGUCAUCGGCUUAUUUUGGCUCGGCGGAGAGGCAUUGGUCAAGUUCGGGAACGGCGUCAUCGAAGGAAUCAGUCAUGACCCGAAGAUCCAGAUCCUCAUGGUCGUCAUGGUUGGCCCGACGAUCUUAAACGUCUUACAAUUCCUACUGAUCGACUCCUUCAUCAAACAUAAACCGAGUCUCAAUCCUGAAGAACUCGAACCCGAGGAUGGCCGGCGGUUCCUAAGCGGAGAGUCGGACCUAGACUCGGAUGAUCAGGACGACGAGGAGGAUGACGAUAACGAGAACGGGCGAAAGCCUCGAGGACUGCCCAAUAAUGGGGACCAAGACCGGGUGGUGCGGAAGAAGAAAGACUUCCAGAACGAUCGCUCGACUAGCCAUCAUCACACUGGACUCUCCAACCCUAGCAACCUGCGCGGAUCCCUAUCAUCCGUGGCUGCCGACGUACAAAACCCGCAUUCAUACCCUCCCAGGACCUCACACCCCGAGACUCGCGAACGAAGCAGUCUCUCAACCGAGCGUCUUGAUCUUACCAAGACCGUCGAAACUAGAGGCCACCAAUCGAUUCUUUUCGCCACUGUUCAGCCAUCCAGUCCAUCGCAAGUCUCCGAUGGAACCGAAUCAACAUUAAAACCGGACCAUCCGUCGUCUUCCACUGACGACUCCUUCAAGCCAUCCAAGCAUCUGCAAGGUCGACAAUCACCACCUCGCAUCCGUCCAGAUCGUCCCGCUCACAACCGAAACACCCUUUCCUGCUCCAGUCCCACUGAACUCAAAACUGGCUUCGACGUCCGUCAUCUCAGCCAACUUCCUUACACUGCCACCGCCAUCUCGGCUGCCCCAUUAUCUACCCACCGGAUCGACCGUCUUCGUCACUACCAUCCGACUCUUAAUCAUUCCGUCUAUUGA